AUGCGUCGGCUCCACGAUGGCAAGAUGCCGCACGUCACAGACAAUGGACCCCUCCUACAGGCGUUCGCAGUGACCAACGUGUUGAAGCAGGUCUUCCUCUUCGCACAUGCACUCUCCAGUCUCAUGCUCUAUACCAUGCUAAUGAACAUCGACCGAGACCGACCGACCGACCUGGGGAGGACAGUGCAAACAGGUCCAGCGAUGUACGAAGCUAACCGCCUCACCGUCGUCAGAGCCGAAUGCAAAUCUCAACUGACCCCAACUUGCAACGCCAGCACCCAACCACCCAACGGCCUGCCCACGAUGUCAGCGGACAUUCCGGACACCAAUCGGUGUUACUGGACAGAUUCCAACCAAUUGCAGCAUCCAGACGAAACCAGCUGA